AAAUAACCUGUUGGUUAUAAGAAGACAAAAAAAGCCGAGCUAAUAUCUAAGAUGCCUUCCGAAAAGUAACAUCUAUAUUGUCUCAUUAUUUUCUGGUUCAACUGACCCUAUCACAUAUAUCGCGUCAAGUAACGAGAGAAGUAGCGGACCAUAAAGUACUGAAAAUUGAAGGUUCAAAAACAUCGCUCAAUGUGGUUACGUAGCCACCAGUCAGGAGCAGAAAUAUAAAAUAACAUAGGGAAAUACCAUAUAGUACGAAAAUAACUUUUUUCAAGUCAAUUACCCAAUGUUUUUUGAAAAACCGAGAUGAUCUAAUUAGUCAUUGCGAGUGAAAAUUCUACGUAGCUGAUACAUACUUUUCGCAUCCUAACACAUUAAGUGGACUUGCUUAUGCAGUAAUUUCCGUGGAUUGCCUUUUACAGUUCUAUUCAAGAUCACUAAAAAAACAUCUCGUGAAACAUAGUGGUGAAAAACAGAUGAAACUGGUCUGUAGCUGCUUUUGCGCGUCUGCUGUGUCGUCGGCUGCUGCGGGUGAUUGGAUACGUUUGUGUGUGUACGGGUGCGCCGGUUCGUGAAUAUCAGAUAUUAUUUAUCAAAUAAGAAUUAAGGUGUAUGUCUUAAUGAAAAAUCAAUCAAUGAGUGGCCAGCGUAUGAAUAUGUAAGUAAAUUCCAGAUUUGUGUGUUCAGACAAUUUUGGACUUGAGAUCAUGACGAAGUUCACAGAAAAUUCGGUUGGCAUAUAUGGCAAAGCAACUCAACUAGAGCCGUUCGUCCAACCAACUGACGCUGCAUAGGAUGAUAACUUGAGCCCUCCGCUAUUUUCACUGCUGCUGACCUGUCACUACGCGGUCAAGACCCUGCGGACCAACAAAAACAUUAUCGUAUGCCAACUUCCGUGUUAUCUUUGGAAGAAAUCGAUUUUAUGCUCAGCAAGCCAGAACGAGACAAGGGCUACAAAAUUGGAUUGUGAUAGCCACCGUACUGCUUCCGACACACUUUGCAUCAGUAGAACAACCUUGACAUACGAAAAUAGCUUGAGGUACCUGAGAUCUUCCCCACCAACGACCAAAGGGUAGGAUACGGACAGAGUGCGGCGAUUGAGGGUUAUUCAAAAUAAAAAAGCCCCAACCUACAACAUUUGCGAUCAUCUGUCAUCGAAGCCGGUCGAAAGACUUAGUCGAAUCAAGCUCUCAUUCUUAAAGUGUGCCAUUGGCCUGCAUCGGUCGAAAAUACCGUGCGAAGGGCGAAUGCAUAACAUAGUGCUUUAUACAGAGGGGGCUCUUUGCUACCAAUCAACAGAUCUCGGCGAGCCGAGUAAAAAUGAAAUACCUGCCCUAUACCUAAAAUAUCUUCGAGCUGAAAAUGGCGAAAAUCCUAUUGGUCGUAUCGGUUUUCGUCACUAAGAAAAACCGUCUGCUUGAAGGAACCUUUCGUUAAUUAUACAAGGGACUGUUCACCGCAGGAUCGGAUCACUAGAGCUGCACAACAACCAGCAAUCUUAUGUUUUUUAAACCUUUUUUAUGGAUAUAAAAGGUGGUUUUGAAAGCUGUUUACAAAAUCGGAAUCAUACGCAAUCAAUAGAAAUUUAAGAGGAACUCUUAGGGAGGUAAUCCCUGUAUAUGACAAAUUUUUUUAUACCGAUCCUGAUUGAUCGUUACCAAACCAGAGUGAAAAAAUGUACUAUGCAGCGGAUGAAGCAACGUUCAGAAUACAAUAAGAUAAAUUAUAACACCCGCGACACAUCGUCCCAUGGUAGCAAGACAAACCCUGUGAAAAAGAUGACCAAAACAGACAAAUUAAUUGUUUGCAGAUAGUCCCUAAAUGAAUUCGAUCAUAUGGCUGUCUAUAGUACGUGUUACUAUUCUCAUUAGGUGAUGCUGGUUGUCAUAAAAAAAAAACAUAUAUGAUAUCAAGAAAAACAGAUACGUUAACAAUACUUGUAUUGCAUGAUCCUCUAAAAAUUAAAAAAAUAUCGUUUAUUUAAUCAAGUAAUGGAAGAUGCUAACGCUACGCAUUUCUCCACAGUUUUGAAAUAUCUGGACUACCGCCUCAUAACAUACCUAUUAUCCUGAUAAGAAGUAAAGACGCUUUUAGCUAUUUCCAAGGAUUUGUAUUUCAUCGCGAUCAACUAAUGCGCUUUCAGUUUCGUGUAAAAUCUCUAAAAUGUUACUUUAGCUGGUCGUAAAUUGAUCGCAGUAACUUAAUCCCGAUUUUUAAUGCUUGACAACAUCGCCGCAGUAGAAUCUACAAGGCCGGCAAGGAAUUAUUUCAGCUAUUGUAUCAUCAAAUAUAUAUAUCUGUGGAAUUUGUGUUUCGUGAACAAGUGUGCUCAACGCGUCUUUAAUACGAAAUAGGUGCAGGGCGAACCUUACGAGUAGCCCAGUCAUUAAAAGUUUGUCUUUCUGUUUGUCGGACUCAAAUCAAGCUUUUCAAGCGAUCGGAUUGGACUAACUUUUCCAGGUCACUAGAGGCUUAUUUUAAGCGAUCUGCACCCCGCGGCAUUUACAAACAUCUGGGCGAUCACCAACAUCGUCUACGCUGAUAUAUCAUCACUUGCGUGAAAAAGUGUGCUUAACUUGUGCUACGUGGCAAACUGUAUGGUUGAAGCAGCUAUUAGGAAAAGCUCGUCGCUAGUUGACGACACCUUUAUUAUAGCGAAACACUAAUGCGACUUGAUGGCCCUGAUUGACUACCGUGCCCUUCUUAUCAAAGCUGUUGCAGAGGAAGUGUAGAGGGCUGCUGCGAAGAAAGCUGAUCUUGCAGUGCUAAGAAAUGAUCACUUAGUCGAUUGCGAUUGCACUCCGCCAACUGUUUGCCGGGUACAAAGAGUUAUAUUCGACCUACCUCGCGAGGCUUGUUACUGCUACCCAUCAAUGGCCACAGAAAUUUUCAGAGCGAUAAAUGGCGUCCCAUGAGAACAAAAUACACCCGAUUCGUGUCCAGCCUUGAAACAACCAGCCACGAACUUGUAUCGUAUCGGAACAGUGUGCUUCUACUCAAGCAGCCUUUCAAGCUUUCAACGGACAGUCUGCUUUCCGACACCGAAGAGAACACGUUUACAGGCUCUCUACGUUCAGUGCCAUUUAUCUGAAACGUACUCAAGCAAGCCUUUGUUACAGCGUUGCGCUUUUGGAAAAGGAUUUUAGUCUAACACUCUUCAGGUUCUACCCAAGCGACGUAAACUUAAGAAAUUUUUGAAUUUUCGAAUGACAGUGUUCCGCAAGGAGUUGAUCGCUAGUAGACGGAAUCAUUUAGUUUAACACACUACAGAACGUAUUUUAUGGACAACAAGAAAAUUAAAGUCGUGUCAUGGAGAGACCGUAAUAAAAAAUGUAAACGUGCUACGUCCCUUAAAAGCAUCUGACAUCACGACAAAAUGUACGUCGGGGUAGAUGUAAGUAAUGCUCAGCAAAAGUACAUAUUUCAAGGCCUCCGCGUGCAGAUGCGUAUGUAACCGUAAGUAAAGGACCGCCCAAAAUAUAGCAGGUGCGCCGCUACCUAUUAGGUUUUUAUUGUGGGCUAUCAUAGCAGACUUACCAACAGAAGGCCACACUGUUGUCGUGCUCCUGGUCCAUGGUGGUGUCCCACGCUCAUCACUUAGUGCGGCCUCCUCCGCCACGCAGUCUCUUGUAUGGAAAACGCUACUUAUGCCAACAAUGUCGCAUGGUCAAAUCGUAAUGAUAACUUGAGUUCAGCGACUGGUUCGAGCGGUGGUCGCGGAGGCAGUGGCGAGGCAGUCGGAAGGGCAGAUGUGGACGGCGGCCUCGGUGGCUUGCAGGGGGUCCUGGACCCCAUGGCCUACAAUUUUGAAAGCGACGAAUUCAGUAGCUUUAACAACACGUCGUCCACUAUUUCUCCCUCAGCUUCAGGAGAACGCAUCGUAUCUGACGACUGGUCCGCUUGGUAUAUACAUAACGUGCAUGGCUGGCUGUCAUUGGCCGUAUGUGUGUUCGGCAUCUUGGCCAACAUCCUCAACGUUGUGGUACUAUCGCGAAAAAACAUGAUAUCGCCUACAAAUGCGAUUUUAAUUGGGUUAGCUGUGGCCGACAUGCUUGUCAUGUGCUUCUACCUGCCGUACGCAAUACUCGAGUUCGUGCAGCAGAAGGACAAUGACUGCAUCUUGGACGAUGUUCCGGUGGCAUGCCGCUCGUAUGCCGCCAUUGUGUACACGUUAGUUUGUUCCAACGCCACCGUCGUUUUUCACACUGUCUCAACGUGGCUGACUGUGGCACUGGCCGUAUGGCGAUGGAUGGCCGUAACAUUUCCUGGUCAGACGCGUAAUGUGUGUUCGAUGCAUCGUGCGCAAAUCACCAUCGGUAGCACGUACGUGGGCACAGCCAUCGCUUGUAUACCCAACUAUAUAACAUUCACGGUUCAUGAAGUAAUCGCUAAGAGCCGCAUUGAUGGCCAGCCGGUCGUAUCAUAUAAAGUAGACUUCACUGUAGUUAGCCAUUUUGAGUCUAUUCGAAAAUUUAAUUUCUGGAUGUACAGCGUGCUCAUGAAACUGGUACCUUGCGUGGCGCUCACCAUGCUGUCGAUGGCGCUGGUGCGUGCCCUUUGUGAAGCCGAUGAACGGCGUCGUCGGCUUAAGGCCCGACCUAACAGUCAGGCGGGCGCUGCCAGUGGCGCCAGGUCAAUGGAACCUCCCUCUGCCAAUCAGCGCUCCUCAGACCGUACAACGCGCAUGCUACUCGCAGUGCUGUUACUCUUCCUCAUCACAGAGUUUCCCGCCGGAAUUCUGUCGCUGCUGUCCGGUAUUUUAGGAGACUCGUUUUUCGAGAGAUACUAUCUGCGUGUUGGCGACAUCCUUGACAUCUUGGCGCUCUUCAACAGCUCCGUAAACUUCAUUCUUUACUGUUCUAUGAGUCGGCAAUUUCGUAAAACGUUCGCGCUACUUUUCACACCACGCUGGCUGCAGCACUGGGCCCCAGUUAUGGCCACAGAGGCCAACGCGACCAUAGCUACGACCUGCGUAUAGCUCAAGUUGAAGCAGGGCGGGCCCCGCGCCUCCGCCAGCGCGCAACAAAUCAAAGUCGAAACAAAAAUCUAUAAAGAACAAAGGCUAAAUAAAUGACAGACAUCUUUGCCUAGCAGACAUUGCUUGAUCCUUCCUGCUCCCAAUAAUCGAAAUUUGAUAAAACAGCCACUACUUACUCAUUUGAAUCGUAAACAUAUGUAUAGUAAACAGUUUUAUGCCUCCAUAUUAAUACGAAAAGCGUGUCCGCAAUUCGUUUUGGUAAUAUCAUAGCGGUUCGUUUUCAUUUUAUAUGAUGAUAUUUAGUGAUAUAAAUACAAUGAAUACGUACGCUCGA